AUUGUUGCAGCACUAAUGUUUUUAAUGUGAUUUGUGUUUUAUAGUAAAGGUAGGCCUGAAAAAAAAAAUUGCCCUUUCUAGAUAUAUUUUUAUCACUUUCUGCCUUAUGGCUUCCUGUGCCUGUGCAGCAGUUCACUUCAGUCUGUUGAUUCUUUGAAUUAGUAUCAAAAAUACCUAUUUCUUUGUGUUAUUGUUGUAGUAAUAGCUCUAUAGAAAUUUAUUUGACAAGUGGGAAAAUGUCUACCCAUUGUAAUCCUGUAACUUCAUUUCCAGAUCUUCAGUUCAUUAGCCAACUUGGCGAAAAACUGUAAAAUGUACCAAUUGUAUUCACUUUGAAGUUUUAGUAGCUUUUCUGUUGCUGUUGGCAGUGUUUCCGUUGCUAGUGCUGUGUUCCUCUGAGAGAAUAUAUAGCUUGCAAGAAAUCUUACUGGUAUGCAGACAGUAAUACCCUAGGCUUUGUGUUAUGCUGCGUUGCGCCAUAAUAGUUUUGUGUUAUUUCCAUUUGAUAUCUAAAUCAAUAACUUACUGGACACUAUUUGCCUUUAAAACUCUUUAUAUUUUUUUACCGACUUAAAUAAUAGGUCCUGCUUGGUGCAUGUGAAAACAAAAUUGUGUUACCUGCUUUCUCAUUAGCAGAGAUGAAUUUGAAUGUUAAAAUGACUUUAGUAGUCCUGGAGAGGUAAUUCCUUCUGCUCUUCCUCCCCUAAGAUUUUAUUUCUUUUAAAAGAAAAAUCUUUUGUAGAUGAGGUGGUAAGUUUGCUAACAGUAGUACUCUUGCAUUUUUUGAGGGAAAAGAUGUGCAUAAAACAGGCUUCUAUUUUAUUAGAUUGCAAAGAAGGCAAGGCGGUGGUUCGUUCCAUGCUUGCAGGAAGAGCAUACCCCAUGCAUCAUCAGUUAGAGUACUGUAUCUCGGGCUUUGUGAAUUUUACUUUGAGAACUUUUAAUUACACUGUUCUUGAUUCACUGGUGACAGAAGAGAGAAAGAGUGAUAUAUGGCGCUGGAGAAUUGGGUUCCUUGUAACGGAAGAUCAGACAGCAGAUGUAAAUUGAUACUGAGAAUGCAGCAAAAGUGAUAUGCAGACACUAGAGUGAGCGUGGUUGUACUUGUCCUUUCAGUUGUUUCUAAAGCUGUUUUGUCUUCAACGUCGCUCAACGAAGAAUACUGGUACGUUAGGUCACAGUGUCAAAAUAACCUUACAAUAAAACAGGAUGUUUUCUUGACAAUUUGAUGUGAGAAAAAGGCACUUUUGAACACUGCAGCUUAGGAGCCAAAGCACAGAACUGAAUUGCUGUUUUCCUAUCAGUCCUUCCCUUUGUGGCAGCUGAUGGGCAAAUUCACAGGAAUUAUCUCAGUUGCUAGUGAAGAUCUGCAAGGUGUCUUCUCUUCCCACCCGUAAUCUGUUUGCUUUCUUGAUUUACGAUUCAGCCAGCUGUUAAUGCAGAUUCUUUUAUCUUCUAGAUACUGGAUAGGAGCGUAAAGCACUGUCUGUUGCCGAUAUGAGUGACGACUGUAACUGUAUUUCGUCAUUGUCUUGCUGAUAUUUGAGCCUUUAUGAUUAGACACAAAUGUUGCGGAGAAGAGAGUGGAGCAAAGUUAGUGGCCUUCAACAAAUAAGGGCACAGCUAGUUCCCAGAACAGCAGGGAACCUCAGUGAAAGAAGAGGAACAUCCUGAAAGAAGGAUAGACAGUUUUUAGCUCGUUUCUUGGUAAAGAUGGCAGCCGACAAUGCAGUGUUGAACAGAUUGGAGCAGAAAGGUGCAGAGGCAGAUCAAGUUAUUGAAUACCUCAAGCAGCAAGUUGCUCUGCUCAAGGAGAAAGCUAUCUUGCAGGCAUCUCUCCGAGAAGAGAAGAAGCUCCGUGUAGAAAAUGCUAAACUGAAGAAAGAAAUUGAAGGGCUGAAACAGGAGCUGAUUGCGGCAGAAAUUAGAAAUGGAGUAAAACAAAUUGCAGUUCCUCCUGGUACAACCGUUUCUACAGCUUUGUUCUCAGAAGAUGUUUCACAGCCUGCAGCAGUCACAUCCUAUCCUGGUCCCAAAGAUCAGAUAAAAGGUGAAGAUGAAGAAAAGAAAAAGAAGGAAAAAGCAGAAAAAAAAGGUGAAAAGAAGGAAAAGAAACAGCAGCCAGCUGCUGGAAGUAGUGAGUCGAAACCUGUAGAUGUUUCUCGUCUGGAUCUUCGUGUUGGCUGUAUCAUAACUGCCGAAAAGCACCCGGAUGCAGACUCUCUGUAUGUUGAACAGGUGGAUGUUGGUGAAGCAAGCCCAAGGACUGUUGUCAGUGGUUUAGUGAAACAUGUUCCUCUGGAUCAGAUGCAGAAUCGGAUGGCAAUACUACUCUGUAACUUGAAGGCUGCAAAGAUGAGAGGAGUAGUAUCUCAAGCAAUGGUGAUGUGUGCCAGCUCCCCCGAUAAAGUGGAAAUUCUGACUCCCCCACCAGGGGCAGUCCCUGGAGAAAGAAUCACUUUUGAAGGUUUUCCUGGAGAUCCUGAGAAGGAACUUAAUCCCAAGAAGAAGAUUUGGGAGCAAAUCCAACCUGACCUUCGUACCAAUGACCAGUGUGUUGCUACAUACAAAGGAGUUCCAUUUGAAGUGAAAGGGAAAGGAGUCUGCCGUGCAGAGACCAUGGCAAACAGCGGAAUUAAAUAAAUGGUUAUUAGAAGGUUUUUCAGAUGUUGAAAUGGAAAGUAAUGCAAGCACAAUAAAGACAUGAA